AUGGACGGAGCUCCUAGAGGUCGUGGCGCGAGAGGGCGCGGUGCUAGAGGUCGUGGCGGCAGAGUUGGCCGUGGCGGCAGAGCUGGUGGUAGAGCUGGAGGCCGAGCAGGCCGAGGUCGUGGUCGUGGACUUCCGGAGGAGUCGGGAGAGAGUGCGGCACCGAGUGUGCAUACUGCGUCGGUGACCCAGUCAGUUCCGUUGGCGGGUGAUGCCAGUGCGAGUGUUGGUUUGGGAGCGGGGGCUGCUCCGGGUGGGGGUGGCGCUCCGGCUCCGGGUCGUGAUGACUUAGUGGUGGGGUUUGCUGACGCAGCUGUUGGCUCGUUUUCCGCCGGUGGUUCCACAGGGGGCUCCAGGAGUACCGCCAGUGGCAGAGGUGCAGCAUGUUGCUGCAGGCGUUGCGCAGCCGGAGGCUGUGGAUGCGGGUGUGACCAGUUAUUUGGAGUUUAUGGGCCACAUGCAGAGAUUGGUACGCCUUUCUUCGAGGGCAGAGUUGGUCCAGAGGAGGCAGACGCGUGGCGUCAGAGAGUGGAGCGGAACUUUCAUUCGAUCCGUUGUCCGAUAGAGUACUGGGUGGAGUUAGCGGUCCACUAUUUGAGUGGCGAUGCUCAUUUGUGGUGGCAGGCCGCGGUGGGCCGGAGGGCAUUUUGGACUUGGGGCGACUUCCUUGUGGAGUUCAACGCCAAGUAUUUCCCGAGGCAGGCUCGUGAUCGUCUUCAGAUGCGGUUUAUGGGCAUUGAGCAGGGUUCGCGUUCUGUACGCGAGUAUGAUGAGGAGUUCAGCCGUCUGUUAGUGCAUGCGGGCUUUGGUAUGGAGGCUGAGCAUCAGUUGACGAACAGAUUUCUGGAGGGACUUCGCAAGGAUAUUCGGACUCUAUGCAGGAGUAGUAUGCACACUUCGAGGGCGAGUCUGGUAGAGUUGGCCGCGUCGGUUGAGGCGGAUCUUGGUGGGCCAGUUGGUCCGGUGGCUGUGCCGUCAGCAGUUGCUUCUGCUACCCAGCCUCGGGGUCAGCAUCAGCAGCCGCGACAGCAGCAGCAGCAGCAGCGCAGAGGUGGUUCGAGUUUCAGUUCUGGUUCUGGCAGGGGCGGUUUGCCUGCGCAGGGUCAGAAGAGGAGUAGAGAGGAGUUUUCUGGUGCUAGUCAGUUUCCUCGUGGUUCCUGUUUUGGGUGUGGGAGCACGGAGCAUCGUGUUUCGAGUUGUCCCAAGAGAGAGUCAGCACCGAGUGUGCUACUACUGCAAGGAGCCUGGGCAUAUCAAGCCCAUGUGUCCUAA